GACGAUUAUAUUGAGUUAUGUCUCUAAUUUAUUCUGUAGAACAGCUGUUUGAUAUUAAAGAGUCUCCUCUUGUUAAAAAGCCAGAUAGGUUGCCUGAUGGGAUAGGGUUUGCAAAAAUAGAAAAAUAUAAUCUAAUUUUAUGUUAAUAAUUAAGAUUUGAGACAGAAGUGGAAUAUAAUAAAUCAUAUAAUGAUGCAAAUGUUUCUUUUAAAGAAAGGUAUUAAACUUUAUUUUCUGAAAAUAUACUAUUUUUUAUUCUAUUAUAUUAGGUCCUCCGGUGAUGUUGAAAUGUUUACUAGUAUAAAAGAUUAUAAAUCAUUUUAUGCUUCGGAUAUGAUGACUUUUGAUCCAUAUAAUACUGCAUCUUUUAUUCCGGAAUUUAGGAAUAAUGUUAUUAAUAUUGAUAAUAAUGAUGACAAUAUUUCCAGAACAUUUACUAAAUAUGGUAUUGCGCAUAUAUUUAAUGAUGAUGUUAAUGAUAACUGUGAAGCAAAUUCUGCACGAAUAGUACAUGGAAAAUCUAUAGCUAUUGAAAAUGUAAAACCAAAAACUAGUCAGGAAUUUGCUGAAGAAAUGUACUAUAAACGUAAAAUACGUACGAGUCUUCGUGAAAAAAAAUGUGAAUCAGCUUUUGAAAAUCGUAAUAAUACGUUACUAGAAUCUUCUCUUGAUAGAAUUAAGCCCUUAAAUCUUAAUUCAUCUGAUUUAAUAAGAAAUGCAAAAAAAAAUACUAUUAAUGAAAUUAAGACAUGGGAGAUGGAUAUGAAAUAUAAUAAUAUGCCUAGUAUAAUUGACGAUAAUAAAAAUGUUGAAGGUUUUAGGGACUUAAAAAAUACAAUUAUAUCUGGUGAUUCUAGAGAUCGUAUAAAAACUAUUCUUAAAUUGGAAGUUUCACGAAAAGAUGUUCCUAUAGAACAUAAAGAGGAAUAUAUUUCUGAAUACGAUAAUAAAUAUGAUAGAAAUUCAUCCAGUUAUUCUCGAUUAAAAAAUGUUGAUGGUGAAUUUGACUCGAUGUAUUUUUUAUCAAAUUCAAGACAAGUGUCAUCUUCACGAUAUCAUAAUCUUGAUUCUAAUCAAACAUCUCGUUUUUCUACUUUUUUCGCUAGUGAUUCCAUAAAUUUGAUAAGUGAUGUAAAGAAAAAUAAUUUGAAUGUUUCAUCAAAUAAUGAACCUUUGUCUACCGAAUAUUCUGAUACUGGUUUGAUUUAUGGGUCUGAUUAUAAUGAUAAAUUUUCUGAAAUUUCUAUUACUACUUCUAAGACGAGUGAUGAAAUUGGUUUUCAACGAAUAAUGGAUAUGCUAAGAAAAUCGAAUCAAUCUAUUUCUACGAAUCGUUUGAUAUCUCAUAACUCUAAAAUAACAUCUAAUGAAAUAGAUUAUAAUAAGAGCAAUGAAUAUUCCAUACAAAAUUCUGAUAAUUUACUUAAAUAUCAGUCAUUUAUGCAUAAGGAUAUUUCUGAUUCAAAAUUUUUUCUAAGUUUGCUUAAUCAACCUUCUCAUUUAUCUUCUUUACAUGUUGAUUCAUUGAAUAAUGAGAACAUAAAUGCUUUUCGGGAUUGA